CGUUGCCUGCGAACCUGAAACCAACACUGAAGAUCACAACGGUCUGUCAUCUUAGCGAGUCCCUACAAUGCCUGCCGACUGCAGUGGCCUGCACCGGCUUGUAGAAAAAAUGACGUCAAAUCUUUUCCAGGAUCAUCGACGGUGACAUACCGGGUCGAUCAUCCGCGACAUACUAAAAGGCUGAUAGAUCACUACGGUGCGAACCCCAGAACCUGUUUGUCCCCUUGCGCUUGGUCGCUCUUCCUGUCUGUGCAGCACUGAUAUCCUCCACCGCGCACGUAACAUGUCCAAGGUCAUGGGUGCCAUCGCGAGUUUCCGCAACAAGAUCUCCAACGGCAAACAUGAGCUGGGUGACACGUUAUCUAAUCAUAGUGAGAAACACCGCCGAGGAGGGCCCGAAAAUGAUGUUGCUCGUGUGAUCGAACACGAGGUGCAGUGGUCCAGCGAAGAUGAGGAGGAAGGCAGGGGAGAAACCGACCAGCUGGCCCACGGGGAGGCAAUGAAAAGCCUAGAUGAUUUCUUGGACAACGAGGACCCUCCCGAGGCAAAGAGACACUACGGCAAACUGCCACUGAUGCAAUCUCAAGACGAGGCUGUCAAUGACGACGUAUGGCCGGCGAAAUGGACUUCACUUGAAGAAGUCGAUGCCAGCUUCAUCGGCAAGGAGAUCACCUUUCGCGCUCGGAUCCACGUCGUUCGACACAUGAGCGCAAAGCUAGCCUUCGUGGUCUUUCGCCAGCAGACCACCACGAUACAAGGCGUGCUCAGCGCAAAAGACGGCGGUAUCUCUGAGAAUAUGGUGCGGUGGGUGGAACACAUGCGACCAGGUUCCAUCGUGAUCGUCAAGGCCAAAGUCAAAGAGCCGGAACAGACGGUCAAGAGCACAAGCGCUUCGCACGUGGAAUUUGAGAUUGAACAGAUGCAUCUGAUCUCGGCGAGAACGGCUCCUGUGCCCUUCAGCGUCUACGAGGCCGACGCGGCAACUGACGGUCAUUCUAUCUCGGACAGAGUCAGGCUGGCCAACCGUAUCAUCGACCUGCGAACACCGUCCGCGCAGGCCAUUUUCCGAGUUCAGUCGGCUGUUUGCAGGACUUUCCGACGCUAUCUCGAGGACCGUGGCUUUCUGGAGAUCCACACACCAAAGCUGCAAGGCGGCGCAACUGAGGGUGGAGCUGACGUCUUCCAGCUCGAUUACUUUGGGCGUCCAGCAUUCCUGGCUCAAAGCCCCCAGCUUGCCAAACAAAUGUGUAUCUCUGCAGAUUUCGCCCGCGUUUUUGAGAUUGGCCCAGUCUUCCGAGCUGAAAACUCGAACACUCCUCGCCACAUGACCGAGUUUACGGGAUUGGACCUGGAAAUGGCCAUAGACAAACAUUAUCAUGAAGCCAUGUGGUUGAUCGAUGCAACGCUCAAGGAGAUCUUCAGAACACUGUAUGACCGCAACAGGAACGACAUUGAUACCAUGAAACAUCACUUCCCACAUGAUGAUCUGGUCUGGCUGGACGAGACGCCGAGGGUCACAUUUGCAGAAGGGGUCAAAUUGCUGAACGAAUCAGGCUGGACCAAUGACGACGGAAGUCAACAAUCUGAGCAUGACGACCUGCCAACGCGAGCCGAACGAAGACUUGGAGAGCUGGUCAAGGAGAAAUAUCACACCGAUUACUAUAUUCUCGACAAGUUCCCGGCAGCUGCCCGCCCUUUCUACACCAUGCCAGACCCCAAGGAUGACAAAAUCACAAACUCCUUCGAUUUUAUGGUCCGGGGACAAGAAAUCCUCUCUGGGGGACAAAGAAUCCACGAGCAUACGCUCUUGAAGGAGCGGAUGCAAGCUCAAGGCAUGGAACCCGACGACCUCAAAGAAUAUGUGCAAGCUUUCGAGUGGGUGGCACCGCCUCACGCGGGAGCCGGGAUUGGUCUCGAACGUCUAGUCGCGCUCAUUCUAGACCUGGGCAACUUGCGCUACGCGUCGCUAUUUCCCCGCGACCCCAAAAGCUUUCCAGCGAAAAAAGAACCGAACCUGCGGCAUCCUGAAGACAGUACGUUGCACCGUCCCAAGGGCUAUCUUCAGCCACUUGAGAACCUGGUGGCAAAUUACGGCGACGCAACAAACACUUCUUGGAUGGACGAGAGGUUCCAGGUUUGGCGGGAUGACAAGACGGGCGCAGCCAUCGCCUACGUCCCCACGCACGACCGAGCAAUCAUUGCCGGAAAUCCGCUUUGCGAAGUCAGCCAACUUGAAGACGUGAUCGCCGCAUUCCUGAAGUGGCUUCGAAAAGAAACUCGACUCCGGCCGCUCUUUAUUCUGGUCGAUAAGGAAAUCGAAGAGGUGCUCGGCGACAGGCUGGGAUGGAGGAGCUUUACCAACGUGGCAGAGCAGCGUGUUAAUCUUGCCAACAACGAGCAUUUGACCAUCAGUAGCGACGUUGAUCGGAAGAUCAGGCACGCCUCGAAGGAAGGUGUGAAGGUGACUGAAUACGGUAGCGACGUGCCGGAAGACGUGCGUCACCACGUCGAGCAGCGCAUCAAGGAGUGGCAGGACAACCGAGAGGGCGCACAGGUCCACCUGAGCGUGAUCACGCCGUUCAAGGACGCCUCGCACCGCCAGUAUUUCAUCGCCACCGACGACCAGGGCAAAAUCCACAGUCUGGUGGUGCUCGCGCAACUCGCGCCUCGAUGGGGCGUGCAGGUCAAGUGGGCACUGGACUUCCCCGGCGCGACUAACGGAGCCAUCGAAUUGGCAGUGCAGGCGGCGCUCAAGGCCGCCGCGAAGGCGGGCUACAAGACGUGCACGUUCGGCGCGGGCGCAACGGCCAAGCUGAGCAGCGAGCACAACGUCGGCGGCGCAAAGGCCGCCACGCUCGACUCGCUCUACCAGACCCUUGCGGCCAAGUUCAAUCUGGACAAGAAGACCGGCUUCCGGACCAAAUUCAACACCCUCGACGAUCCGCUCUACCUGUGCUACCCGCCCAGAGGCCUGGGGCCGAAGGGUGCCCGUGCCAUUGUCGACUUUUUCCAGGGGGAAGAUUAGAGUCGGUCAAGGGAGGAAGGAAUGGACGUUUCGCCUGCCGGUGAAGACGAUUGAGGGUGCAAGCCACUCACUCAAAUACCUGCACGGCGGUUGAAUAUUCCAACUCUUGCAAAGCAAUAUGAAGUGGUGCGAAAUGAAGGACAUGACAGUGAGUGACAUGAUCUCAUCCUGCGUGGGCGAAAGGAAGCAACUCGCGCAGCUCACGAGGAGAUGUUCCCAAGCCACAAUAACAAGCACACCUCUUUACGAACAACCCGGAGGCGCACGCUGGAAGCUUCUUCCGCGCAACUGUAGUGCUCAAGUGGUAGAUUUGCUUGGAGGGCACUGCGCGUACAUCAUUGCCGCUUAAUCAACCCCACAGUUGGCCUGGAUAAUAUGUCAGCAGCAUUCUAUAUACACGUCCUAUGAACAAACAUACUAUUAAACACGGAGCGCGACGCGGAGCCGCUGCCAUUGAGCCUGCCUGGGGUGCAC